GAAGGGUGCCGGCGGCUCCCGGCUGUUGCCCCGCUUCGCUCAACAGAUGAAACGGCCGCAGAGAGAGAGCGAGUGAGGCGAGCCUAAGAGCUUCAGACUGGCUUCAGUGUCAGAUUUUAAUUAGCCCUUUAUUGGAAUUGUUUUUAUCUGAGGGUUUGAAUCUCACGCUGGAAAGCGGCCUGUCAGCUGUGUUAGAGAGCUCUGUGACUGGAGGACGUGGUGAUGGAGGCGGGGCUGAGUGUGCAGGCGGAGCUGGAGUUCCGAGGGGCGGAGUUCUCGGUCAGGGUGUCAUCGGGGGCGGAGCUUCUGGACGUGGAGGUGUCGGACAUGCUCAGUGCGGAUCAGUGGAGGGGGCAGUUUGACUCGGCGUACAUCGAGGAUCUGACACGGAAAACUGGGAACUUCAAGCAGUUUGCAAUUUUCUGCAGCAUGCUGGAGUCAGCCCUGACCAAGAGCAGCGAGUCCGUGACCCUCGACCUCCUGACUUACAGUGACCUGGAGCUGCUGCGGACCAGGAAGGCGGGGCUUGGGUCCCGGCCCCGCCCUUCAUCAAAGUCUUCGGCGCUCAACGCAAAGCGCUACCUCAUUCUCAUCUACUCGGUGGAGUUCGACAGAAUCCACUACCCCCUGCCUCUGCCGUACCAGGGCAAACCAGACCCAGCGCGGCUGCAGAGAGAGAUCAGAGAGCUGAGAGAAGAGCUCAGAGAGAGGGGAGCGGGGGCUGCACACACCGGCAAGGACUCGGAGACACACCGACUCAGAGCAGAGUUGGCGAAGCUGCGUCAGGAGAAGGAGGUGCUGGCAGGGGCCCUGGAGAGGAUGCAGGCAGAGGGAUCACGACCCCACAGUGACCCACGAGGGGUCAGGGUUCUGAAGGAUGUGGUGCACAGUCUAGAGGAAGAACUGCUGAGAGAGAGGACAAGGAACAAGAGAGCACAGAGCAAGAGAGAGCAGGAGUACAGACAACUACAGGAACAGCUGGAGGAGUUGAAGGAGUCUGAGAGGAGUCUGCGGGUUCGAGUGAAGAGUCUGACCAAUGAGCUGGCGCUGUGCAGGAAGGGCAGGAUGACCCCUCUGCAGCGCUCUGGCUCCUCCCUAUCCCGGGGGGGAGAGGAGGGGGAGGGGAGGCGCUCUGUGUCCCGGGAGAGGGAGAGGAGUCGGGGGAGAGCAGACUCUGCAGGACCCGUCAGAUCUGUGUCGAGGGAGCGGAGAGAGCGCUGGGCUGGAGGGGAAAGGGAGAGGUCACGGGAGAGGUCAGGAUCCACAGGACCACGGCCAGCUCCUCCACGCCUCUCCCCUUCAGGAACCCGAGUCCCACGUUUUGACCCCACAGCCUACGUGAAAGACAAGGAGCAGAGACAGAGAGAGGCGGAGAGGAGGAGCCAGCGAAACGUUCGUCGGGACCUGCUGGCCACUCCUCCCAGCAGUGAGAGGGGGCGGCCCCGCUCCAGAGAGACACGCCCCCUGGGCAGGAGGGCGGGGUCUGCAGGAAGGGGCCGGAGUUCCUCGACAGAGAGUGUGAGGAGCAGGCGGUCUUCUGCAAGCUCAUUGGCUGAGCUGGAGGAGUUGUCACAGCCACUCCCGUCUAGUGCUCGUCUUGGAGGCAGGAAGGCAGGUCGGCCCCUGGGCUCUGUGCUGUGGAACGCUCCUGGACUGCCUCGCAGAGGGUCCGGUGGUCCUAAGAAGCGCAUGUCCAGCACUCCGACUCGGAAGAACUGCUCUAGCGAUAAAGAGAACUCGUUUGGCCCUGGCGCUGACCUCUCUGAGAUCGACGCUCGGUUGCAGGCUCUGCAGGAGUACAUGAGGAACCUGGACACACGAGCCUAGCCGUGACCCCAGCGCACAGCUACAGGAGGGACCUGGCCCUGACCCCAGCAUGUCGAGAGUCCCCGAGUCUGGCCCCAGCAUGUCGAGAGUCCCCGAGUCUGGCCCAACCCCAGGAUAUCAAAAGGCCCGAGUCUGUUUGACCCACAGUGACCCUGAGUCUGACUCCAUUCCUGGUUUUACUAUGAGUUUAAUAAGACGUCCCUGAUCUUGUUACUUAUACACACUGGCUAAUGAAGCUCAUAUUGACAGACUCCAUGGCGAGAUGCUAUGCUCUCAGGGACUCCUGUGCGCAUCUCUCUCGCACUGAGAUUGAGGGGCAGGGGGCUCUGGGUGGACUCUUUCAUAGCGCAGUGAGCCGGUCCUUCACUGGAGUCCUGUGGUUUGAACUGGGACUGCGUCAUAAGGGUACAGACACUGGUUUCCAUUCUCCACUGGGUAACUCAGUUAUUACUUUUUUUUUUUUUUAAUUAAUUGAAUCAACAUCAAGAUUUCUAAUGUUGUUUUUUUACUUUCUAGUUUUUGUGCACUUUUGAGAAACAAAAACAAAAAGCCCCUGAAUGAGUCCUCACGGCAGUGACGCGCUGCGUCGUUAACCCCUUCCCCCCUGGAGCUGGCUGUUUGCAGCCCUGCUCUGCUGGUCACUCUGAUGAAGCCGCUGGUUAGUCUACUUGGCGCCUGUAGAGUCCAGACUAGGCAUAGUUGAACAGGAAGAGCGCAUUGACAGUGGAGGCAGCCAGGUGCCGCUACACGCUGUGUAAAAUCCCUCCAGAAUUAGGGGUGAAUACUUGGAAGUAUUAAAAGCAGGGGUCGUGGGGCCGGGGAUGAUUUUAGCCAUAUCAAUCGAGCCUGUGUGUUUUUAAUUUUUUUUUGUAAAAGCCUUAUUUUUUUUAAAUUAAACCCAGAG